UGAUUGCAGUAUUACAGAAAAACAGUUGUGCUUCCUGAUCACAGCUAUGUGUAUGAACCCAUCACACCUGAGAGAACUGGACCUCAGUAAGAAUCUAAUAAAAAACAGAGGAGUGGACAUGCUGUGUGAUGUGCUGAAUAACCCACGCUGUAAACUAAAGAGGUUAAGACUAAAUGACUGUGGCAUUACAGAUGUUACAUGUUUAACUCAAUCUUUGGCCGAGAACAAAUCAUUGAAGUUCUUAAAAGAGCUUGAGCUGAGUAAAAAUAAAAUGGGAGACUCCGAAAAGCAACUCAAUGACCUGCUGCGAGACUCAAACUGUAAACUAAGGCUUGAGGAGGAAGAAGGUUAUGUUAGAGCUGGUGUAAACCGGGUUACUGCAUUUUUUACACCAUGGGCAAAAGCUCAGAAACCUGUGGAUUUCACAGAAGAUGAAAGUUCAUCAUCAGAUGAGGACGCCUCUGAAGGUGAGACUGAUGAGCUCUCAAAUGAGGUGGAUUAGCAGGAAGUGCAGUAGAACAAC